AUGGGGGCGCUGAUAUCCCUGCUGAGGUCGGAGUACAGCGGAAGCAGGAGCAAAUUUGGGCUGAAGAAAAGCCGCUCGACAACCGGAGGCGAGCCGCGGGCCAGGUCCGCGGAUGGCAGCGUCAGCGAGAGCGGGGCCCGCGAGCGGUCCCGCGAGGUAGUUUUUCCAGAGUCCUUCGAGGUUUUGCCGCAGCCGCGCGACCUUACUUACGUAGGGCUGCCUCACGAACAGCAGCGCAAGUUCCGGUGCCGGUUCUGCGGCAAGGGCUACCGGUGGAAGAGCACGAUGCGCAGACACGAGACAGUAGAGUGCGGGGGCAAGCCGCCCGCCUUUCAGUGUCCAGAAUGCCCCUACAAGGCCCGCCAGCGCGGAAACCUCACCGUCCAUUACAAGAGACACCACCUGAAGAUGCCUUUUGAUGAAGUUUCUCAGGGAUCGCCAGAGGAGCAGCGAGGGCAGAGUGAGGAUGAGGAGGAGGAGAGGAGGAAAGUGUUUGGGUGCGAGGUCUGCGGGCGUCGUUACAGGAGAGUAAUAUCGCUCCAGCGGCACAAGAGACUCGAGUGCGGAAAGGAGGCCCAAUUUGAGUGCAUUAUUUGCCACAGCAAGUUCAAGCACAAGCACAGUCUGCUGAGGCACUACCGGGUCCACCUCUCGUUCGCUAAUCCCGACAAUAAAUUAGAGCCGGAGGUCCACCAGCACCCCGGCGACUGA